AUGAACAAUCCAUACUUACAUAGAGCUGCAAAUUUGCACCUCUCUCUUGCUGUGGUGAGCAAUGCCUCUUCUCUAAAAGGCAGUGCCUACAACUUCUCGAGACUCCACAUUCCAGUCUUCCCUUCAGCCUGGCCACUGCCAUCACCCUUGGCCACCUCUUUCCACCCACUCAUAGGGAGUGCCUACCUGUGCCAAUAUUCUACCACAACCGUGUGGGCAGGGCAGGCUGCACACAGCCACAUCUCCACCUCAGCUGCCUCCUAUUCCAGGAUUUGGGAAUGGGACAUGCUAGGCCACAGCACUGUGACUCUCACUCAGCAGAGCACAGUGAUCUCUUCCUCUACUUUGACCGGCGAGGUCUUGCCCGUGAUCCAAAUGUGGGCCUACAUCAGGACAUGCCGAGUGUUGGCACAGACUGCUUCAUUGGCUGGUGAAAAGGUGGGACAUCUCACUUAUAGGGGACUAAAUUUUCCUUCAUUUCUUGGAAUUCAUGGAGACUCUCCAGGAGAUGGACAAAUCCCUCGCAUGGAGGCCUCCCAUCCUCACACUGUGUCCGCCAGACAAUACAGAGUACCCCAACGCCUGCAGGAAGAAAAGAUCAGCCUGAGCCUUGAAGAACUAGACAUCUUUAAAAAAGGAAUCGAACGGAACAUUGCUCUUGAAAACAUUUCCAUGCUACCUUAUGAAAUUGAGAGUCGACACAACAACCCAACCCCAAAAUAUCAGAACCCUCCAAAGGACCCUGCAAAAGAAGAACCUAAUUCUUCCAAGGCCAAAGUCCAGCGCCAGAACCCAGAGAAGCACUUGGAGGAACAAGCAGUAGUGUGCACUCUCCCACCCAGUGACACUGGAAAUCUAUGCAGGCCUUCAACCAAGAAACGGCCAAAACCACCACACAGCAGCAUCAGCAAAACCAAGACCCAGGGGCCGCAAAAGAACCAACAGGUUAGAGAAACCAACAGGAAGCGCAUUAGAACAACCAAAGAGCCAGGGAACCAAGUGCAAACACAGAAGACAAGCACUACAAAGGAAAGGCGUAAGAGAAACCAACCUGAGCCUUCCCAAGAGGCCUUGAGAAAGCCUCGAAGCCACCUAGCCAUGCACAUGAUGGAGUCAGUGCAGGUUUUUCAUGCACUGGGUGACAAGAGUGGGAAGAAAACGGGGCUGCCUACUUCCAGGGCCUUGGGACAGGCCAACACUUCCAAAGACACCAGAUUUUCAACAGAGACUCAAUCAAAGCUGCAUUCUAAAAGUCCUCAGAAAUUUCGAGUAAACAAAACAAAGAGCAGUGCAGAAAACCAGUGUCCCUCCCCAAGCCAGAGUGAGCUGCUGCCUCCACCUGGAAAGGUCAAGUUGGUGCCAUUGCCUUUUCUCUCCCCAGAGAAGCCUCGAGUUCGACCUGCUUCUCGCAGGCCACAGUCUCUGGCCUCCAGGAGACUCACUGGAGCUUACUCUACCCGGCCUCUUCCUAACACAGCCCAGCCUGUUCCAGUCAAUGCAGCCCAACCAGCUACUGACAACUCAUGUCUGAUGACAACACGGCCUAUUAUCAGCAAUUCCACUCUGGGGGCAAUCAACAAACGUCCCCAGUCUGUUCUUUCUAGUAGGCCUGCACCCUACGAAACCUCAUCCUUCACAUCUCGGUGGAACACUACUGCCACCAAGCUCAGCUCACUACCUAAGCCUCCACACCAAUAUCUCCUACAAGACUUCAGCUUGCAACCCAUUCCAUGGAGGAAAUCCCAUGUUCCUGGCCCAGUAGAGUCAGAUCCCAUCAGCAAGGAGCUGAGGCCAGAGCGGGAAGCCAUGAAAAGACGGGCUCAGCAAGAGCGUGGCAAGGCUGCCAAAAACACCUUUGUGGGAAAAAUCCCAUUCUUCCACCAGAGACAAAUAGACAUGGAGAUUGCCCAGUACUAUGGCUAUGCCAUAUAA